UCCCCGCCCCCUGCAGAAACCGCCAUCAUGAAAUUAAAAACAAGAAACUGACAGAUGAGACGCAGUCAGCCCCCUGCUGCAUAACAAGGAUUGAUUGGAGAGACUGAGGCAGUGUAGAUAUGAGCGACCCAGCCGAGGAAGCGAUGGACAGCUCUGCAGUGUCAGAGGAAGAAGUGGAGGACCAGCAGGAGACGUCACAGGAAGACCAGUCGAGUCCAAACAAAAGCAGCUCCAAAAUAUCUGCUGUAGGUGAAAUCAUUGAGGGCAAGCGAGCAAAGAAGACAGUCGAGAGGCUCGAUUUUCAGGCCCCGAAGCAAAUGGAGAAGCUCAAGAUUGGAGAUGGUAGCGGAGAUAAAUUAGGUGACAUUCCUCGCACCGGCUACCAAAUCAGCAAGAUGAAACCAGCUGACCUGAAACCUCUGCACGCCAUCCUGUUCGACAGACCAGGAAAGAUGGCCACAAUAAAGAAGAACUUGCGUCUGUUUAACGGCUUUCCUUUUGACGCGGACAGCGAACAGUACACCAAAAAACGAGACAAACUCCUCAAGAGUUCAAAUUUUACCAACAGCAAACUGAAAGUCGUCUGUGGAGUUUUGGAUUUGGAGAAGAAAGGGACCCACACAGAUCUGGUCGACAGAAUCCUGACUUUCCUCAUCUCGCCGAAAAACAGCGGGAAGCGUCUGCCCGUCAAGAAAAAGAGAAAAUCAAAGAAGAAACUGUCAGGCGACGACUCGAAGGCCAGCACCAAGAAGAAGAGCAAACCCAAACCCAGGAGCUCGUCGUCUAGUCCAAAGAAGUCCAAAACAGGAAGCAAGUCUAAAGCCAUCGUCAUGGACUCCAGCAGCGACGAGGAUGAUGAUGAGGAAGAUGAGAAGGCAGGGGCUUCAGCUGAGGCUGAGGGAUCAGAUACAGAGGACAAGCCAUCAGAGAAAGAGGAGGAUCAGUCUGACAAGUCAGAGGAGUCUGCAGACGAAGAAGAAAGGGAGGAGGGUGACAAAGAUGAUGAUGAAGAGGAUGAUGAGUCUCCCAAAUCAAAGUCAGGCAGAGGGAAGUCCAAGAAAUCGGCACCAUUGAAAAGACAGAGGACGCCAGCGAAGAAGACCGGUCCUCCUAAAAAGAGAGCGAAGAAGGAACUUUCAGCUAAGUCCGAAUCAGACGCCGACAGUGAAGCUGAUGAGAAGCCCAAAAAGAAGAAGUCUGCUCUGGCCAAACCAGCCGCCAAAACCAAGAAGGCUGACAGUAGCAGCAACAGCAAAAACAACACAAACACAGCAGAGGACAGUUCGGACGACGACGAGCCGCUCAUCAAGAUGAUCAAGAAAGGGCCGACUGACGAGCAGCUGAAGGAGACGGUGCAGAGUCUGCUGAAGGAGGCCAACCUGGAGGAGAUGACCAUGAAACAGAUCUGCCAGAGGGUGUUUGACACCUACCCAGAUCAUGACCUGACCAGCAAGAAGGACUACAUCAAACAGACAGUCAAAUCUCUCAUCACAUGAAGAUCUGAAGUUGUAAUCGCUGCAAAACGUCACGUGGGGGAAACUUCAGACUGAAAAGCUUCCUGUUUUUUUCAUUAGUUUCAUAUCUGUUUGUUUUCAUACACAACAGUUUUAUACAUGAUUAAUUUUUUAUUAAUGUGUGACUGUGUAUAGACUUUCAGAUUAACUAAACAGCGUCAUCAUCAGCAGCAGGUUUAAUGUUUCCUGGCAAAGUAAGAGUCUAUGAGAAAAUGAAUUUUCAAACAACAUCCGUUUAUUUUUUACACUUUGAGUCACGAAAAGCUGAAUGUUGUUUUGCUGUGUGUGAAGUUUGUAAGUGGACGUUUUGUCGUCAUGUUUAGGCAGCAAAAGAAAAAGUCUUUUAAGAAUUGUUUUAAAUAAUGCCAAAUCUUUACCUUGACUUCCAGGACGUCACGUUUUUAUUUCUGGAUUAAGAUUUGUAAAUAUGUUUCUAAUCAGGUGAAGCUAUUUUUGAUUAACACACUUUAACUCAUUAUUUUGUCAACUCUGAAUUUUCAGGAUUUUUGUUUUGUUUGUCUCCUUUGGUUGUGUCGCUCCGUCAGACAUGGAUUGUGUUGAAUAAUUUACUUACUGACGAUUAAAAUUGUACCUUUUUGAACAAA